GGCUAUCACGGUGGCGUACACGUCCUUUCUCAUGGAGUCGGCGUGGGGUGAGGACAUGGUGGUCGCCUAUGCAUCGGUGCUGCCAUGCCAAAGGCUCUAUGACUGGGUCUUUGCGACUGUGAACAAGACUGAGCACAUCGCAGAGGAUAAUCCAUACAAGAAGUUUAUCGAGCAGUAUGCAGCUCCAUCCAAUCACGCCCUCACGCAGAAGAUGGAGAGCUUCCUUGAGCGCUAUGCGGGCGCUUUGACUCAAGAUGAGCUCGAGCGCGCCCAGGCGCACUACGAUCAAGCCAUGAAGUACGAAGCGCAGUUCUUCGACCAAGCGCUGCGGUGUGAUGGGUCCCGCGGCGACUGCAAUUCGCCCGCGCUGGUCACUGUUCGGGCGCUGCGUGAAGUCCACGUGGAUCAGAGCGCUUGGCCAGUCCAGGCGUUGCUGGGUGCGGCGGUUGUGGGCUUCUGGCUUUGGCGCUGCGGCUCGGUUGCCGCCAAGGCAAGGAGCGAGAGCUUACUGGAAGCCGAAAGGCUUCCUUGAGUCGGCAGAGUGGGCAACGACAACGGCCAAAUGCAGAACCAGCCAGCGGAUUGUGGGGCUUUCUGAGCCAUUUGGCUCGCGGGAUGCUGGAGCUGGCAGUUACAGGUGGCAAUGAAACAGAGGUCAGUCAUGACUAGCGGCUUGGAGAAGAUGAAUACGACCAGUGGAGCAGCCUGGUUGGUGUGCCUUUUGAGUGCGAGGAUG